CCUGCUGGGCUCUGGCUGUAGGAUGUUGGAGAACCGAGAGGAAGAGCUGACGACGGUGCGUGUUCAGGACCCGCGGGUGCAGAACGAAGGCUCCUGGAACUCCUAUGUGGAUUAUAAAAUCUUCCUUCACACAAACAGCAAGGCGUUUACUGCCAAGACCUCAUGCGUGCGGCGCUGGUACCGUGAAUUCGUGUGGCUGAGGCGGCAGCUCCAGAAGAAUGCUGGCUUGGUGCCUGUCCCAGAGCUGCCGGGGAAAUCCACCUUCUUCGUGGGCAGCACGGAUGAGUUCAUCGAGAAGCGGAGGCAGGGGCUGCAGCAGUUCCUGGAGAAGGUUGUGCAGAACGUGGUCCUCCUCUCCGACAGCCGCCUGCACCUUUUCCUGCAGAGCCAGCUCUCGGUCCCUGAGAUAGAGACGUGCGUGCAAGGCCAGGGCUCGCAGACGGUGACGGAAGCCAUCCUGCACUACGCCAUGUCCAACUGCGGCUGGGUGCAGGAGGAGGAGAGCCGCCCUGCGCUGCUGCCGGGAGGGGACCCACGUGGCAGCUGCGCCGGCUUGGGAAGCCCGCGGGAUCCGAGCUGCCUGGAGACCUUCCCGUACUGGAGCGACUUCGGCAUGGACGACACGCACUCGGACAGUCCGGAUGAGCCAGCUGAGCCCUUGGGCGGACGGCGUGAGAUGCAAUAAACGGCUCUAGCGACCUCGCCUGCCUUCCCCGGGACCUGCACCCCUUGCUGGAAGAGGGACCGCUGCUGAGCCGGAGGGAUGCCCAGGCUGGCAGGACUGGGGCUGAACUGGGAACAUGGCCUUGUCCUGGGCUUUGUGGUGUCCAGGGCUCACGUACUCUCUCCCUGCUGACUCUCGACUGUCCUUGAUGUCCCCAGGCAGCGUGUUCGUAUCACUCUUCUCUUUGCAGAAGAGGUCUAGUGGUUAGUGAAACCUGUGUUUGUUGUUCCCAUGGCCUUUGCUCCCUGGAGGGGUAGCAGGG